CGCUCGCGCUAGUUGCUAGAAUAUUAAUAGUUCCGCACAUCCAUUGCUUAGGCAACAACAACAACAAAACUGCGCGGAAGUGAAUGUAUCGAGUCGGCUUGUUCCCUCACCGACUCCGUCGUCCAUCCCACACACCCUUAUCAAUUUGCAAAAUGAAUUGAUUUACGAGAGAUGUCGUGCCGGCUGUCGGAAUAAGCUGUCCUUUCGGCUUGCAUGUAGCAAAUACAGAAAUUUAGUCAAAUUAAAAAAAUGAGUGCAGAAACGGUUAAGGUGAUUGUCCGGUGCAGACCCAUGAACGAAAAAGAAACAUCCGAAAAUUAUGAAGGAAUUGUAAAUGUGCUACCAAAAUGUGGUGCUAUUGAAAUCCUAACACCUACAAAACCACAGACCUCAAGGGAAUUUACUUUUGAUUGUGUUUAUGACUCAACCUCAAACCAAAAAGCUCUCUACGAUGAAUCUUUCAAACCUCUGGUUGAUUCAGUGCUUCAGGGUUAUAAUGGGACAAUCUUUGCUUAUGGUCAAACAGGAACAGGUAAAACAUACACCAUGGAAGGUGUUGCAAAAGAUCCUGAUAAGCAAGGUGUUAUUCCACGCUCAUUUGAGCAUAUAUUUAAUCAUAUUGCUCAGUCUCAUGACCGACAGUAUUUGGUCAGAGCAUCCUAUUUGGAAAUUUAUAAGGAACAAAUCAGAGAUUUGGUAUCGAAAGAUCCUAAAAAACGACUUGAGCUAAAGGAAAAUUCUGAUACUGGAGUAUUUGUCAAGGACCUUUCGUCUUUUGUUUGCAAAAGCGUGGUUGAAAUCGAACACGUAAUGAAUGUUGGCAACGUUAACCGCUCCACUGGUGCUACUAAUAUGAACGAGCAUAGCAGCCGGUCUCAUGCUAUUUUCAUGAUAACAGUUGAGUCCUGUGACGUUGGACAAAGUGAAGAAAACCACAUCGUGGUUGGAAAGUUAAAUCUUGUCGAUUUGGCUGGCAGCGAGCGACAGACCAAAACGGGGGCAUCUGGUGAUAGACUUAAAGAAGCAAGUAAGAUAAACUUAUCACUGUCAGCCUUGGGCAACGUAAUUUCCGCCUUGGUCGAUGGCAAAAACGGUCACGUCCCUUAUCGGGAUUCCAAGUUGACACGUCUUCUACAAGACUCCUUGGGUGGUAAUUCGCGGACAGUUAUGGUGGCUAAUAUCGGCCCAGCUUCGUAUAAUUAUGAAGAGACGCUGACAACACUUCGUUACGCCAGUCGAGCAAAGCACAUACGUAACAAACCGCAAAUCAACGAAGAUCCUAAAGACGCUCUUCUUCGUAGCUUUCAACAAGAGAUAGCACGUCUGAAGGCCUCCUUAAUUAAUAAAAAAACCAAGCCAAAAAAAAAGGGUGAGGGAGGAUUACACGAUGUAUUGAAAUCUUCUGAUGAGUGGGGUGAUGAUACGGAAGCUGAAUUGGAACAAGAAAGGAAGGAUAUUCUCAAUAACAGUAGCCUCAUAGCCGAGGAGAGAGAUCAACUUCUUAAGACGCUGCAGAAUAAACAAGAAGAACUGCGUAACAAACGAGAGAAUCAAGAACAACUUGCAUCGAGAAUUGAGGCACUCGAGAGCAAAUUAUUGACUGGCCAUAUAGGCGUCACGUCCGAAAACGGAACGAUCGAAGAUGUCACAAAGAAGCAACAGCAAACGCUGGAAGCCCACCGCCAAGAGAUUAUAGAACGAGAGAGGCAAGAACGAGAAAUACGCCAGAAGCUGGAAAGUCAAGACGAGGAGGUAAUCGAUUUCAAAGAGAACUUCAGUUCGCUUCAACAGGAGAUCGAUUACAAGACAAGAAAAUUGCGCAAAAUGUACGCUCGCUGGCAGAGCGUCCGUCAGGAAAUGAGCGAUCUUGGUGACGAAUUUAACCGACAACGUCGUGAACUAGAAGAAACACAAGAAGUUCUAAUGAAAGAGCUCAGGCUAAAACAACUAAUAGUCAGCCACUUCGUGCCUCCAGAAUUCCGACGCCAGAUUACAUCACGUUUGCGCUAUGAAGAGGAUGACGAAAAAUGGAUGUUGAGCUCAGCAACGGAGAUGCCUCUGUUGCCCAGAAGCUGCGCCUCAAAGUUUGAAUUACGACCAACGUCGGAUUUCGAAAAAUUGGCUCGUUCAACCGAAGACUCUUCGUCGUUUGGCAGAUUUAAAUGCGAGAAUAUUUUCAUGCUGAGCCUGGACAUUCCCCAGCGAACCACCAAGGAAUAUGAGGGACCGGAGAUUUCUCCGACAUUACAAGCGGCGUUGACCCAGGCACUGCAGUGUCAGAGUCACGCGAUGGAGGUCCAGUCGUCCAAGUACAAACCAGUGGACAUUCACUCAUUCUUGAAAUCGGCAUGCCGUCGCAAAAUGCAGCUGAUACAGCGUCCGAGAUCGCGCAAUUCGGCCAAAUUCAACAAUUCGCCAUCGCAUAAGCGUUACCCCCAAGGCCAUGCGCCGGAUGGAACCAUAACAGCCGCACCGUAUCCCAAAUCACGAGGUCUUGUACCAAAGUAACCAAAGUAGAGAACCCGAUUGCCAUCCACUUCUUGGUCCACACCUUACCAAGACGAUGGCCUCGUCCUUUACCAGGUAGUUUGUUGCGUAAGUUGGAUUUGGAGAGUAGGCGAAAGCGUUCACUCCUCAUCGGCUGUAAUCCCAAACGUCACAUCAACGCUCUGACCUUCCUGGAUUUGGUUUAUUUCGUCUGCCUUUGUCACAUUGCCUUCUGCAUCUGCCGAGCUGUCAUCGAUCUUUUGCCAUUCUGAGAAGUUUUUUUUCCCUUUUUUUUUUACGGAAAUUUUUUUUUUUUACGAUGACGAUCUCCUCAUUGCAGUUGUCACAUGCUAGUCGAUCGGCAGCUGUCCCCUCUCCCAAUCUCAGUUUUCAACAUCACCCUCCUUGGUUCCAUUCGGCGUUAAACUCGCAAUCCUUUUACUUUGUUUUUGAUCAUUUGGUUAGAUUUUUUUAUUCGUUAACACAGUUAUUGAUGUUGUGAGUAGUUGUAUUAUCUUAUGUUAAUUGGUUUAAAAAUAGAUGGAUAACACCGGA